AUGGACGCUCACCAAACUACGACGUCGGCAAAGCCUUACGACGGCCCCUCCCAGUACGCCAUGUCGGGGGGCAGCGGCUUCGCUGGGCCUGAAGAGCCGUCGUCGUCGAGGCCGUGGGAUCGGCCCUCAUCUUACCCCGAUCCCGUAUCUGGCUCCGGCGCGUACCCUCCAGGCUCGAGCGAGCUGCCGCCAACAUCCAGACCAUAUGAUCCGUCUCCUAGGCCGAAUGGGUCAACAACGAAGCCUUACGACCCGUCAAAGCCGUAUGACACGCCCUCUAAGCAGCAUGACAUUUCCAAGCCGUACGAUCCGUCGACCAAGCCUUACGACCCUUCCCUGUAUCCCACCCCCACAGGUCCCGUUGGCCCCAGCGUAGAGCAGAUGCCGGGGCCGGCUGCCAUGUCGUACUCAUCCCAGUACGAUGGAACGGCCGGCGCCCCGUUGCUAGCUCAACAGCAGACGGGUUUGUCUGCGCCCAUGGUCACAUCCCCCCAAGAUAUCCGCUAUGUUCGAGGACAGACCCUCGAAGCACUUGGCGAGCUCUACACACUGCAAAAGAACAGGCAGCGGCUCAGUGGUACACCCGUGCCCCUUGAGCUCGAACAGCAGUAUCGCAUGCAGUUGAACAAGGCGAGCUUUGACCUGAGAACAUUGCGAGAGGAGGUCAAGAUCCUCAUUAGCGAUGCCGAGAAGCACCGAUGGCGGAAGUGGCUCAUCGGCAGCAUUGUCGCAACCAUUAUUCCUACUGUCAACUUUAUCUUCCGCCGCUCACCAUUGGAGAAGAAAGAGGACAAGUCUGUGACUGAUACUGAGCACUCCUUUGUUCGAACGCGCGCGUUGUUGGCGAAGAUCAAGGACACUGUCCUCGGUCGCAAUAAUAUUGCGAGUAUCGCCUUUUUUGUCUUUGCCGUGCUGUAUGUCUUUUCGAACGAAGUAACGUUGUUGGUGGCCAAAACGGUCAACAAGAGGCUCAAGAAGCUUUCAUCGAGGAUCGAAAAGGGCGACGGUCUACUUGAAGAAAAGGAUUUGAAACUCCUGGACGGAUGGCGGUGGCGGGUAUUGCUUCUUGGGCAGUGA